GGAAGAGCUGCGCCCGAUUUCGCUACAUGUUGUCAGGCUUAGGUGGACUUAGCGCAUUAGGCAAACAUGCUGGCGCAGCAGCUCCGGCAGAAUGCCACCCGGCUUGCCGGGCAGGCACCCUGCGCGAUUGCUUUACAUUCAUCUACUACACGUAACACUGCAUUAUUUUCAACAGAACAAGGCCGAUCAGAUAAAGGGCAGGCGGAACCGAAUGUGUCGCAGCAAUCAGCACCAAGCGAGAGCGCGAAACCAGGACCGCAGCCUAGCUCGACGGCGUCGAGCCCGAAUUUGAACGCUGAUCGCACAGGCACGCAAUCAAGCCAGCAGCCGCACCUGAACACUGCGGCCGUGGAGCAGCUCCAGUCCCACGCGGCUGCCACGUCGGGGCCCGCUUCAUCCCCCUCUGCCAUACCCCGUAGCCCCCAAGCGGCCACGAAUGCGCAGACUGCAUCGUUUAGCGGCAGGGCUCCUGCCGCCGCAACACCCGCAGCCUCACGAGCCGCGCCGGCGCAGACCCCGGCCACCGCCGUGGCCGUGCAACACACUGCCAGCUUCCAGGGCAUUCCGCUCCAUCUUGGAGAGGAGGGCAGCCCGUUGCAGAGCAUGGCGGUGCUUACACACACGUCGCCGCGGCAAAUGGAGGAGUACGCGGCCGGUGGUGGGGCCAGCGGCGCGGCGCCGGGGUCGUCGUCUGGGGGCCUGCGGGCCUCUGAUGAGCGCUUCUUAUCCAGCCUGCAGCGCAUGGCGGAUGCGCCGCGCAGCCGGGCGGCGGCCAUCAUGCAGAUGUCAGCAGGUGCCAUGCCCGCGCCGGCGCUGUUGGUGUGGGCGGCGCAGGAGGUGGUGGGACAGGUGCAGGCGCUGCUGAAAGAGCGGCUAGCAGCUGGCAGCGACGCCACAAAAUUGCUGCGUUCAGAGCCCUGGUAUCCCUCGGCACUGCAACUGGCGCAGGUGGCACUCGCGAGCCGCGCCCAGCCGCAGCAGCAACAGCCGGCUCCGGCCACUGAGCUAGCGCUGCUCAAGGCCUUUGCAGUGGCUCCGGCGCCAGGCACGGAUAGCUCAACCGCUCACGUGUCGUGGGAGCUGCUGUGGCAGCUUCCGCAGCUGUCGGAGCUGCUGGCAGCUGCAGCGGGGCUCAGUCCCAAGCUGGCGGCGGCGCUGGAUGUUGCGGGCAUUGCUACGGUGCCCGCACCUUCAUCCGGGGCGGAGGCAGGGGUAGACCAGCAGCAGGGGCUGCUGCCGCAGCUGCGCUUAGCGGUGGCGGAGGCCCAGGCAAAGGCGGUGGCGGCGCUGGCCCCUCAGCUAGCGGGGACGGGCGACGCGCCGCUGGAUGCGGAUGACGCGCUUGCGGCAGCGGCGGCGGCAGAUCGGGCGGGGGCGGCGGCGGAGUGGUUGGCGGCGACGUCGCUGCUUCGGAGCGCGGAGGCGGAGCUGGGCUGUGCUCCUUCCACCUCGACGUCCGGGACAGCGGCAGCAGCCUCGGGGGCGCUGGCGGUGCCUGUGCUGCACCUGCUGGGGCUGCCGCUGCAGCCGCCCCAGCUGGCGGGCAUGAAGGACCUGCGGGUGACGGCAGAGGAGGUGGCGGCCUGGGUAAAGCAGGCUGCGGCGUCGCCAGGAGCUCUGCCAGCGGCGCUGCAGUCUCGCCUGGCGGCGGCACGGCAGCAGCUGGCGGCGUCUGGCCGUGCGCUGGCGGUGUUGCCGUCGACGUCGGCACCUGCGUCAGGGGAGGCGGCGGCGACGGCCGCGUGGCUGCGCGCUGUGGGCGGGCCACUGGCGUCGGGGCUGCUGGCUGGCGGGUACGGGAGCCUGAGGCAACUGCGCUCCAUGCCCGCCGAACUGCGGGAGGCACUGCUGCUGCGGCUGCUGGAGGCCCCAGGGGCGGCGGCGGGCGGCGGCGGGCGCGCGGUGGGCGGCGGCGCGCGGGCGCUGGCGGCGGCGGCCUACAGCGACGCGGAGGCGGCGUGGCUGGCGGCGGCGGCAGGGGCCGGCGGCGCGGCGGACGCGGUCCGGCUGCUGGAGGCGGAGGCGGUGGCGGCGGACCUGGACCUGACCAGGGAGAGGUUCGUGCCAGCUGCACCCCAGCUGCCUGCGCCGCCGCCGCUGCCCUCCGCUGAGGAGCUGGCUGCGGCGGUGCGCGCGCUGCCGGCGGCGGCGCGGCUGCUGCACGAGAGCGUGUAUGCGCUACAGCCCGCGGGGGCGGACACCGCGAUCGGCGUGUCGCCUAGCGACGCGGCCGCGCUUCAGGCCAAAGUUCUGGAGGCGCUGGCGGCCGCCGGGGAGGGCGCAACGUCCGCGGCGUCGGGCGCUGCUGGCCGUGGCGAGCUGAGCGCCUGGCUUGCCGAGUCGCGGCGGGGGCUGCUGUCGCUGCCGCUGCCAGUGCUGUCGCUGUUGCUUCGCUUCCUGCGAGUCCAGGUGACGGUUACACCCGAGGCGGCGCAGUCGCAGCGCAACAAGCUGCUGGCGCUCAUGUCACUGGUGGCGGAGCAGCAGCAGCGCGCGGCGGGGGCAGCGGCUGGGGCCGGGGCAGGCGGCGCCGCCGGCGAGGAGCUGCCGAGGGAGGUGGCGGCGUUGGCGCUGUCAGGCGCUUUCGCAGAGCUGGGUAGCAGCGAGGGCGCCGCCGGGAAUGGCGUGCCUGCUGCGCUGGCGUCUGUGCUUGGGGCGGACAGCAGCCGAGACUUCGGAAGCUGGCUGGAGGCGCUGGUGCGCACCAGCGAUGCGGCCGACCGCGAGCUGUCCACUGCAGAGCUGGCGGCGCAGACGCAGCUGGCGGCAGACGUGGAGCGGUAUCUACAGAUGACGCACGAUCCGCGUCUGCAGCUGCUGGCGCUGUCGCCCGGCACCUCCUCCUCCGCAGCUGCCGGCAGCUCCUUCAGCGACCCCGUGCUCCGAGCCCAGGCGGAUCCGGCCCGCUGGCUGGAGGGCACACGACCCGAGCUGGACGCAUACCUGCAGGCCAUGGGCUACCGGCCGCUGGGCGACGCUGAGUGGAGUGUGUACCGGGAUGCGGCGCUGCAGGAGUGGGAGGCUGGGCGGCCGGCGCGGCAGGAGCAGCUGGAGGCGGCCGGGCAGAGCGGCUUCCACAACCCCCGGGCUGAUGAGGUGUACCUGCGUGAGCUCCUGGAGCGCUCCAUUCCCGAGGACGCUCCGCUGGGGCCCCAGUCGCGGCGCUACCUGGACACGCUCAUUCGCAACCCCACCUGGAACUUCGCUCAGCGCCUGCAGGCGGUGCAGCGCCUCAUCCAGCUGAACGAGCACUUCGCGGCUCAGCCGCCGCCCACGGGCGAGGGCUCGCCCUUCGCCGCAUACUUCGCUGUGGGCGGCCCCGACCCGGUGAUGAAGCUUGGGCCGCUGGCAGGCGCCGCCGCCGCAGCGCUUGGGGUAGGCGGCGGCAAGGGCGCUGUUGCCGGUGGAAAGAAGGGCGCCGCAAAGGCGUCUGCAGGCGCAAGUGGCUCUGCAAAAGCAGCACUGCGGAUCCCGGACGGUUUCUAAAUGAUCCUAGGGAAGGACACGCGGAUGUUUUUGCAGUGAACCAUCAACCAUCUUGUAUGUCCUUGGUGCUCGUGUGAAGUCUCCAGAUGGCGGCUAUCCGUUCGGCAGUGUAUGGUAUGCGCAAACGACUCAUCAGCGCAGUCGGGUGGAAAGGAGUCGCUUCGUACUGGGUAGGGCUGCUAUGCAGGUUCAAAUGCUGUCUUCAGAGUGCAGGGAAACAUGACGAGCGUUGAGCGCAGCAGAAGAGAACGGCUGGAUGCUAGUCAGGGGCAGCGCGGCGUGCAGGGCGGGGCGGGGUGCUUUGGAUUGAAUUGACUGAUGUCUCGUGCGACGUGCGUUGCGUAUCACUCAGUGCAAGCUCAACAGUCACCACAGGCGGUUGACAGCCCGUUCAUUCGUGUCGCAUGUAACCAUGUGUCAAG